AUGGCCCCUGCGGUGCAUUCUGGUGAACCGGUACCCUCAGGCAAGAAGAAGCGCUCACGACGCGGUCGAAAGGUUACUCUGGAUCUCGGAGGUCCAAAGUCUAAGAAGACUCUGUUACUGGAUGAGAUUGGCGAUGCUCUGGUUGAUCAGCUCUAUGCAAAUCCCCGGCAUGAGGAACAUCUUGAUGAUGCUUUUGAUAUCUCCUUUGUCUCUGUCGCCGACCAUCUACGCAAAAACCUCGAUGCCGCCCUGACUGCCUCAUCAUGUCACAGCUCAGCUAGUCGCAGCACUCGCACGGCAUCAGGAUCUCUUUCGACCCCGGCAACGAGCGUGGAUAGUAACGAACCACCGCAAAUCGUUCACUCGCUAGAACGGCCCGCUGACCUCCCAGAUGCCAAACCUAUCACCCCUCGCUCAAAGCAGCAUCAGCCAGAAAAGGCUGAUGUGUUCAGUCUCGACGACUUCACCACAAUGACGGCUAUCGAGCGACUAGCCGCAUACCAUGGCCGGGUUGCUCACAUGGGCAUCCUCGACCGCAGCUAUCGCUUCUUCGUGAACAAAGCUCGCACAGCAGCGGUCUCUUUCAAAGUACAAAACAAUGUGGCAGUCGUCGGCGGAGACCCAUUGUGCACCACAACAGACAUCCCAGAACUCCUCUCCGAGUUCGCAGAAUACCGAAAAAGACACCACUGGGGCAUAGCCUUCAUGGGAGCCAGCGAGACCUUCACAAGAGAAUACGCCCGACGAGAAGGCUGGACAACCAUCCGAUUCGGCACCGAGCGCGUCCUCAACCCCCAGACCAACGAAGUCCUCUUCGAAACAAGCGGUAAACGCAUAACAACCCAGAACCGCCAACUCCUCAACAAAGAAAAAGGCAACAUCACCCUCGGCAUCUACGCCCCCGCCGUCCACGGCACAAUCCCCCAGCUCCAAACCGACCUGAUAGCUAUCUACGACGCAUGGCGCGAAGAGCGAAACAGCUCCCCAAGCCCCCAGGCCUUCAUAACAGUCUACGACCCCUUUGCCCUCCCAGCACUAAUGACAUUCGUAUACACGCGCAGCGCCGACAACCACAUCAACGGCUUCGCGGCCCUCCGCCAUCUCGGCUCGGGGGGAUACCACGUCGACCCGUGCAUCGCCGCGCCAGGCAGCGCAAAGGGAAUCAGCGAUCUGCUGCUCGUCGCGGCCAUGGCGCUCCUCAAUCGCGCAGGUGUCUCAUACCUCGGCUUCGGCUUCGAGCCGCUGCAUGCCCUGGCGCGGGAUGACGUGAGCGGCAUUCCUGGCCCGUUGGCUCAUCUCACAAGAGAUCUCUAUGGCCAUGCUUUCCAUCGCUUGCCGAUUGGUGGGAAGAAGGCUUACCAUGAUAAAUUCCGCCCGGAUCCUACGCAGGACUCGGGUCUUUAUCUGCUUUUCCCUUCGGGUAUUCCUGGGCCUAGGCAUUUACUUGCUAUGACGCAUAUGGCGAAUAUUAGCUGGCGGAAGAUCUUCUGGGCGGAUGUUAGGGGUUGGACUUCGAGGGGUGGGAGGACUGCUGUGGUUGAGGGAGGAAGAGAUCGGCAGGGUCUGAAGGAACAUGAUCGGGAUCUCGACCAGGACCAGCCCCAGGCUGGGAAUUCGGUGUUUUUGGAUAAGCCUCUCUUGUUGGUUCGCGAGAGUAGCUCGUGA